UCAGGUUAAUCUCGGUAGCGACCAGCGAGUACCGAGGAAGACCAUGGCGGGUAAGCAGAUCGGCGGAGACGGCGGUUUACCGGCAAAUCUCGCCGGAAUGACAAAAAGUCAGCUCUACGACAUUAUGUCGCAGAUGAAGACGUUGAUUGAUCAAAACCAUCAACAAGCGAGGGAGAUUCUGAUUCGGAACCCUCUUUUGACGAAGGCUCUUUUCCAGGCACAAAUCAUGCUUGGAAUGGUUCAGCCUGCUCAAGUGGUUCCUAAAGUUGAACCACAAGCCGGGCAACAACAGCCUCAACAAUCUCAUCAAUCUAUCCCACCAAAGCCAAACGUUCAAGCUCAUAUGUCAUCUGUUCAAGGCGGAGUCGGCUUACAAGAGCCAGCAGCUAUAAUGCAGCCACAAGCCCCGAUUAGGAAACACCCAACACCGCAGCCAAUGCCUAUGCCUCCUCCUCCUCCUUCUGUUAAUAAUGCACCAUCACAGCCUCGUUUUUCCCAUCCCCAGCGUCAGGGACAUCUGAAUCCUUCUGUCUCUUCUUUGUCUCAUUCACAGUCUUCUCAAGUUCAGAGCGCGCCUCCCCCGGCUCCCCAUCAUCCAACAUCCCAACCAACCCCUUUUCAUCAUCUUGAUGUACCAGCUUCCUCGACUCAGUUGCAGCAACAACCUAUGCACUCGGGUGGAGGUCCUCAUUUGACUCAGCAACAGCCUAGACCAUAUCAUCAUCAAUAUGGAGCAGCCCAGACUGGUCCAAACACUGGGUUUCAGCACCAUGGGGCACCUCCUCAGCAUCUUUCUCAACCCAUGUUUCAUUCAGGCAAUAGACCUUCUGCUUCUGGUGGACCUCAAUUCCCGCAGGUGCAGCCAGAUCUGUCAAAUCAGUCACCAUAUCAGGGAGGAGGUCAAUAUCGGGGAGACUACAGCAAUAACCAGCUAGGAGGUCCAAUGGCUGCAGACAGAGGAACUUCUUGGAUGUCUGGCCAAUCAGAGAGCUCAAGCAUUACUCAUCUCCCAGGCUUAGGACCGGUGCCUCCACCAAGCCAAGUUGGGCCUGGAGGUGGCCCACCACCUCGGCCUGGACCGAUAUCUGCAGAGAUGGAGAAGGCAUUACUUCAACAGGUGAUGAGUCUGACGCCAGAGCAGAUCAAUCUGCUGCCACCAGAACAGAGAAACCAAGUCCUUCAGCUUCAACAGAUUCUCCGACAGUGAAGCUCAUUGUACGGUCGCUUGGUCUCCAUGUUAGAACUUAGGAGAGACAGGUUUUGGCUUUGUAAGGUCGGAAUUAAGUUUGGGAUAAUUUGUAAAAAGAAAAAAGGUAAUUAGUUUUUUUUCCAAGUUCAAGUCUAUCAUCCCUUAAUGCUUUGGUACGUGUGCUCUCUUUGAUUUAAUGUUCUGUAACAGUUUUCUUAUUAGUUAUUGUUACUUUCAAAGAUUCGAAGUCAGUUCUUUUGCAGACUUUUUGAGUUAACUCUUGUUUAACCA